AUGCGCGCCAGUCCGUCCGAUGGCCGACGAAAAUGCGCGCCAGUCCGUCAGAUGGCCGACGAAAAUGCGCGCCAGUCCGUCCGAUGGCCGACGGUUCCGACCGUACGGUCGACCAAAUAUUUUUUUCUCGAUCUUUUCAUUUUCUCCCACUCUGAAAACCUUCUAACCACGAUUUUGAGAGUUUUUAUCGUGGAAAAUCUGAAAACGGCCGGAGAAAAAUCGAAUCAGUACGGUGACAAGUGUUCUGGCCGACGAAAAUGCGCGCCAGCCCGUCCGAUGGCCGACGAUUCCGACCGUACGGUCGACCAAAAUUGUUUUUUCGAUUUUUUCAUUUCCACCCACUCUGACAACCUUGUAACCACGAUAUUACGAGGCUCGGGCGUGGAAAAUCGGGAAACGACCGACCGAAAAUCGAAUCCGACCGGUGAAAUGCGUUUUGGCCGAGAAAUCAUGCACGCCAGUCCGUCCGAUGGCCGACGGUUCCGACCGUUUGAAUGUGGAAACUCGACAAAUGAUCGACCAUUUUUCAAAUCCGAACGGUCCCUUAGUUUUUCUCCGCCGAGAGAACCAUGCCCGCCAGUCAACGGACGGUGGUGCACCACCGAUCCCACGAUCGCAACCCUUCCCAUCCCGCUGUACGACCCAUCCCAAGACCAGCCCAUUAAGGAAAGGCAUAAAUCGUAA